AUGUUUCUAGAUAUAAAAGAAAAAAGUUCAAAAGGAGAAUUUUGCAAGUGUGGGCCAAAUAAUGACCCAAUUAUAAAGAGUGAGAUAAAAAAUAAAUGGCAUUUGAAAUCUGGGACAGAAAAGACCCUGAUCUAACAAAUGCAUGUGUGGCAUUAGAUGUUGGAUGAAUGUUACCCAGCUGUACAUGGUAUCACAUAGUUAUGGCUGUAUUCUGGUGGGUGAUUUAUUUCCUGUUGUUCCAUGAUGCAAUGUGGGUCAGUGGUAAGUGUGGAACAAAAUUUGUCCAUUACGCAUUUGUUAUGAGCAAAAUAUCUGUCAUUUUUUUAUUUUAUUACUCUGCUGGGUGCAUGAUUGGGGGGAAAAAAACAAACAAAAAAAAAACACCUAUAUUUGGUUUAUUUCAUGAGUCAGCAGAAUGACCAGCUACAUGGGAGUAUACACGGAUGGAACAGAAUAGUGUGUUACAUCUUCAUAUAAAUGAGUUUUAUUUGAAUAUGUUUCAGUUUGAUGUAUAAAAUGUAUUAGCCUCAUUGACAACUGAAAUAAUGCCGAGGAUAAAGGGAGUUUUUAGACUAUGAAAAAACACACACUGUUUCGAGUUUACGCACUGUGUAUGAAAUGCGUAGUUGUAUAACUGGGCGCUAUGUGGAUCGCGCAUCAUGAUGAGAAAUGUCGGCUUUUUCGAAGGGGAUCUUUGUGGUUUUUCAGUCCACUCCCACCCCCGGUGCCCACUCGCUUUAAAAGUGUGGUGUCGCUCAGAGAUGCUACAGUACAUUUCUCAUUAUGGACACCAAAGUGCCUCCAUCAGGGAUGCUGCACGGACACACAGCCGUCAGACUGGAGACGCGCGGACAGAGGAAGCUGACCAUCCUGCUCUUCAUUCAGAGCAUCCUGACGUGCGCCUGCGCCGCGCUCUGCUUUUACAUCCUCUACAAAGUUCACCACACUGAUGAAGCCUGGCAUAAUAUACCUGUGGACAAAGGAAUAUACCUGAGAUUGUACAAAAUGGAACACCCCGGCACUUACCUGAACUUCACUGUGACCUGGAACAAUAGUCUGAGGCUUGAGCAUGGCAGUGAGAUAAUGGUGCCCAUGGCAGGUCCCUACGUUUUGUACUUCUGUGCUCUUGUAUACGGUAAUAGCAGCAAAGGCAAUCUGACCGUGUCACAGGGCCGCACGAAAAUCUCCUUUGAACUGUUUCAGACAGCAGAUGAGAGGUGUGUGAGACAACAGAAAGUGAUCAGCCUCUACGAAAAGGAGAAAGUUACCUUCAGUUUCAAAAACACCUUUGAUCCAUACCUCUUCCUGCAGGAACUCUCAGUAGGCUUACACUACUUGCUGGGAGCCAAAGACUUUGGCACUCCAGAAUAUGACCCAAGAGCCUAAAGGAAUUAUUAUUCCAAGCCAAGGUAAAACAUCUGCUCAAGAUCAAACGCAAAAAGACGAAUAAGAUGGAUUAUUUCUUAUUAACAUUGGUCUCAGAGUUAGUCUCAGAAUUAAUCAGGAAAUUGACAUCUUGUUUAUGUGGUAGCGAAUUGAGUGUCACUGUUGGGUUUAGUUAAGAUUACACUGGACUGAUUAAUGCUCAUGAGACUAAAGAAGACGAUAACAACAAAAAGAGGACAAUUAUUAUAUAGAAAUUCGAAAAGAUGCUUCCUAUAAUGAAAACAGAAAAUAUCAACGUUUUUUUUUAAAUAAGCUGUGUCUGUGCUAGACUUAAAAGAUUGUAUGAGCAUUAGCUCUAAUUCCCUGGCAGCUUCUUUGGUUAUCAAGCAUAUUUCCUGAUAUUUUGUGACACAUUUACAUCAUAUUGUUACAAUAUGUAAAUUAGUCUAAUGAUAUGGGUUGCUUUUAUCAGAACAUAUUCCUAGCAUGAAUUUGAGUCCUGUUAGGAACUAUUUGUAAGCUGGGAAUGCUUGAAAAUGGCUAAUUCGCUACUGUAUAAUGCACAAAGCCAUGCCGUGAUGUAUUCUAUAAUAGAAAAUAUGUGAAUUGAUGCCAUGUUGUAUCAAAGUUUACGGAUACAUAGAUGAAUGAAUGUGUAUUUGAUUUUUUAUUUAAUAGUACAAUAGUAUUGGCUUGCCUUCUGAUUUUUUUGGUCUGUUUAAAGCUAUGCAGUCAAUAUAAUAAUGAAAGUGAUGAUAAUGGUUAUGGUAACAUGGUUCUCAAUGCUAAUAAUUUGAUUUAUGGAUUGUAUUUAAAAAAAAAACUAUAUAUAUAUAGUUUGUGUGUGCAUAUAUAUAUAUCUAUAUCUGAAAACCUUGAAGGGAAAUAUUUCAAUAUCUACUGUAAACACUUAAACAUCACCUGAUCCAAAUUUUGUAUACCAUGUGUUGUAUCUGGCAGUACUUUAUUUACAUAGCAAAGUUUGCACCUCAUGUUAUGUGAGCCUAAUCUAUUAUGUGUGUUUUGAAUUACAUCAAACAAAAUUAAAACAUUUAAGAUGUUAUACUUAAAAACACAACAUACUCUUUUUAU